AUGGAGAUCAUGCGCAUGAUCUGCGCACUAUCGGACAUGAGCACACUUGCAAGUUUCUCUCGUGUGAGCAAAGCUCUGCAUACCAUCGCUGCAGAGUAUAUUUGGACCAGCUUUGACUGGGAUGGUUCAGAAAGAGUGUUAAGAUUCUUGGAGAAGAUCGUCCACAAGCCAGAGCUCUCUCACCUAGUGACGCACGUCAACAUUCACCUCAAAGGAGAGCCGGAAGUCGACAAAGUCGUGAAUAAAAACGAAAGAACAAUCAGGAACAAAGUCACUCGCUUAAAGGUUCCCGAGAGUGAGAUACCAUGUCUGAUUAGUUCGACUCCCGCAUUGUCGAGGAGUCCUCUGUGGAGCAAGGAAAUCAAAGAAGGCUGGCCCGGUGCCUUCGUCGCUCUUGUCGUCGCGUUGCUCCCCAAUCUUGAAUCCAUCCGAGUGCAUACAAGAGCCAUCGAAGAGAUUGAUUGCCUUUGUUAUUUUAUUUAUUGGGCCUCGAGACCUCAUCGUAUGAGAGAGAUCGUUGCUCCUCCGGGAGGAACCCCAAAUUGGGCCAUUGGCAAAUACCCCCUCCCUGCGUUGCCGCGCCUUCGAGAAGUACACAUCGGGAGCACAGAUCCUGCCCUGAAAAAACCUCGAUGGGAGCAAGUAAGCCAUGUACAACAGCUUCUGUCACUGUUUCAUCUGCCAUCGUUAGAACACCUUACGGCACCAAUGGAUAUCCAUGACCCUGUUGACGGCUGGGGCUAUUCAGACCCGCCCAAGGCAGAAAAUAUCAAGUCACUCAGUCUCACCAUGAUUCGAGAAAAAUAUCUUGGUAAACUACUCACUGCGACCCCGUUCCUAGAGAAACUAGAAUGGGACUGGUGUGCCCGACCCUACGAAAAGCCCGGGUCUUUUAUUCGUCUAGCUGACGAGAGAAUCAAUCUACAAAGAUUGUCCGAGAAUCUUGGGAAAUUGAGUGGAACUUUGAAGCAUCUAAAGAUCACCGGAUCUAUUGAACGGUUGAAAACAGCCGAGGGUCGAUAUGAAGGACGUCUAUUCAUCAAGCUCGUUGACAAUGGCACUUUGGGUAUUCUCAAACCUCUGAACAAACUUCAAAGCCUUCAUGUUCCAUUGGUUUUCCUCUUGGGGAUCUACAGACCGCAUGAAAAUGACCCACUUGCGCUUGCUCGUAGCCUCCCGACUGGCGUGGAGCAUCUGACUCUUACCGACGAGACAAUUCACCCACUUGAUGCUCGCUGGAACCGGAGAGGAUUCUUCAAGCUUGUUCAGCGCUAUAUUUCUAAUUGGAAGGAUUUUACUCCAAGGUUGCGUUCCCUCAAACUGGAAGUCACUUCGGAGGGAGCAGCCGAGAUACCAAAAGCACUGAUCAAGCUUACCACUGGUGCUCCUUUCGACUUCAAGGUUGAAUUCAAGUCCCGUGUUUACAAUUCUGCGUAA